CCCCGCCUUCCUUUCCCAUAAACAGCUCAAAAACAAGUUGCAGAGCAAAACAACAGCCAAAAAGAAAAAACAGGGAAAAACAUGACUACUGCAGGAAUGAUCUCUUCUUCCUUUCAAACCAUCUCCAAACCCAAUCUCUCAACUUCAAAAUCCACUCUUAAUCCAUCUUCUAAUCUCCCCUUCAAUACCCAUUUGCCAAAAUCAAACUUUGCCUUCAAAAAUACUAAUUACAAACCGAACAGAGCACGUCCAAUUAAGGCCGCCAUGGCUGAUACAGUGUAUGUAAAACCAGAAAGCUUUUACUAUUUGUUGGGUAUAUCAGAAAAUGUAAGUAUUUCAGAAAUAAAGAAAGCUUAUAAACAACUUGCAAGAAAAUACCACCCCGACGUUUCGCCACCGGAACGCAAAGAAGAAUAUACAAAGAGGUUUAUCAAAAUUCAAGAAGCAUAUGAGACUCUGUCUGAUCCAAAAGCUAGAUCUUUGUAUGACAGAGGUAUGGCCAGUGGAGGACUAGACUUAAACUCGAUUUUCUCUACUGGGAAGAGACACAGAAGCCAAGACGGAUUUGACGAUAGAAGUGACUGGGAACAAAAAUGGCAGUCUCAGCUUACGGAGUUAUUAAAAAGAAGUAAUUAUAAAGAUUCAGGGAGUAUGAGUUGGGGAGCUAGAAUGCGUAGCCAAAGAAGUUACUGCAAUUAGCGAGUUGUUAAUCCUUAAUUAGAGACUAGUGAAUGCAUAUAAUUUUUGUUUUCUCUCCUUUUUUGAGUUGUAAUGGCGAUUAGAUGGAAAGAAAAUUACCACUCAAAAGAAUGUAAUCAGAAAAUUUGAAGGAGACUUCUCUUUGAGUUUAUGAAAAGAAUUAGCCUUGAGAACAUGGUAUUUGAUCA